CUGAUAAGGGGACUGCUGAGCUCACAGAGGCGCCACAGGCUGAGGCCACUGCUUGCUUUUCCACAAAACACAGGAGACAGUACUGCCUCACAUGUGAUUCUGCUCUGAGAGGGAGAGAGCAGGAAGUGCCUAGGAAAUGGUUGAUGACAGAAACCUGGAGUUUUAAAUAGGAGCGAGGAGGAGGAGGAGAGCUCAUGGGCACGGUUCGUGAACAGUUGAAGCACUGACACCACAGCAGCAGGGGAACCAGACCUGUGUGAGAUUCCUCUUCCAGGCUGUCCUGAUGGAAGGAGAGCCAGUCCCCGAGGGCAGGGGAGCAGCCAGCAGAGGCACUCGGAUCGCCCUCGGAGUGUUUGUGAGCGGCACUGUUGUGCUUGGCACCGCUCUCCUCUUGGUUAGCCAAGGUCUUAUAAAGUUCCAUCCGAAGCAACAGUACUGUUUGACUGCAGAAUGCAUUGAAGCUGCUGCUAGCAUCCUGAGCAAGAUAAAUCAAUCUGUAGAUCCAUGUGAGAACUUCUAUCGAUUUGCAUGUGAUGGCUGGAUAUAUAAUAACCCUAUUCCUGAAGAUAUGUCCAACUAUGGUGUUUAUCCCUGGCUGAGACACAAUGUGGACCUCAAACUAAAGGCAUUGCUGGAGAAACCCAUCAGCAAAAGACGAGACAGUGAAGCUGUACAGAAGGCCAAGAUCCUUUACGCAUCCUGCAUGAAUGAGAAUAAAAUUGAAAAAGCCGAUGUGAAACCCCUGCUAAGCAUUCUGAAACACUCCCCCUUCCGCUGGCCUGUGCUGGAAUCCAGCCUUGGGCCAGAGGGGCUGUGGUCAGAGAGGAGGUUCAGCCUGGUGCAAGCCCUGGCCACUCUCCGUGGCCAGCACAGCAGCUCCGUGUUCCUGCGUUUGUACGUGGCUGCCGACGACAAGAUCUCCAACCGCUACAUCCUGAAGCUUGAUCAAGCAAGCCUCUCUCUGGCAUCUCGAGAGGAUUACCUAGAAAAUACCACAGAAGCCAAAUCUUACCGAGAUGCCUUUUUGCAGUUCAUGGUUGACACAGCAGUGCUCCUGGGUGCAAACGCCUCCCGAGCUGAAUCUGACAUGAAAUCAGUUCUGAAACUGGAAGUUAAAAUAGCAGAGAUCAUGAUUCCAUAUGAAAAUCGAACAAGUGAGGUGAUGUACAAUAAAAUGAACAUAUCAGAGCUCAGUGCCAUGAUCCCACAGUUUGACUGGCUGGGAUACAUCAAGAAGGUGAUUGACACCAAGCUCUAUCCUGAGCUUAAAGAUAUAGGUCCUUCAGAAAAUGUGAUUGUCCGUGUUCCCCAGUACUUCAAAGAUUUAUUCAGGAUACUAGAAAAUGAAAGGAAAAAGACUCUUGCCAAUUACCUGGUGUGGAGGAUGGUUUAUUCAAGGUUAUUUAACCUCAGCAGACGUUUUCAGUAUCGGUGGCUGGAAUUUUCUCGGGUGAUCCAUGGCACUACAACCUUGCUGCCCCAGUGGGAUAAAUGUGUGGACCUGGUAAAAAAUGCCCUCCCCUACGUUGUGGGUAAGAUGUUUGUGAAAGCUCAUUUUCAAGAGGACAAGAAAGAGAUGAUGGAAGAAUUGACUGAAGGAAUUCGCUGGGCUUUUAUUGACAUGUUAGAAAAGGAAAACGACUGGAUGGACACUGAAACAAAAAGAAAAGCCCAUGAGAAGGCAAAAGCAGUUAUGGCGAAAGUUGGUUACCCUCAGUUUAUAAUGAAUGACACAUACAUUAAUGAAGACAUCAAAACACUGAAGUUUACAGAAAGUGAUUAUUUUGGCAAUGUAUUGCAAACUCGCAAAUAUGCAGCCCAAUCUGAUUUCUACUGGCUUAGGAAAGAAGUUCCAAAAACAGAGUGGUUUACAAGCCCAACUACUGUGAAUGCUUUUUAUAGUGCAUCUACCAACCAGAUCAGAUUCCCAGCAGGAGAACUUCAGAAGCCUUUCUUUUGGGGAACAGAGUAUCCUAGGUCAUUAAGUUAUGGUGCCAUAGGAGUGAUUGUUGGCCAUGAGUUUACUCAUGGGUUUGAUAGCAAUGGCCGGAAAUAUGACAAAAAUGGAAAUUUAGACCCUUGGUGGACGACUGACUCUGAAGAAAAAUUUAAAGAGAAAACAAAAUGCAUGAUUAAUCAAUACAACAAUUACUACUGGAAACAAGCUGGCCUACAUGUGAAAGGGAAGAGAACUUUAGCAGAAAACAUUGCAGAUAAUGGAGGUUUGCGAGAAGCUUUCAGGGCAUACAGGAAAUGGAUUACAGAAAAGAGGGGAGGAGAAGAAGAGCCUUUGCUGCCAGGCCUUGAGUUCACACAUAACCAGCUUUUCUUUCUGAGUUAUGCCCAUGUGAGAUGCAACUCCUUUAGACCGGAAUCUGCGAGGGAGCAAAUAUAUACUGGAGCUCACAGCCCUCCUCAGUUCAGAGUGAUCGGGGCCAUGAGCAACUUUGAGGAGUUCCGCAGAGCCUUCGGGUGCGCGGCCAACUCGACCAUGAACCGCGGGGCAGAGUCCUGCCGCCUCUGGUAGCUGGGCUGCCCCAGCUCUCCUGCUGCAGCAGCCACUGCUCCACUGCUCCUGCUCCAGCACACUGCCACAGCUCCACAACCUGCUCUGGAACCUCCACAGGUGCCACUUCGAAUGCGUCUUCCUCAUCCGUGCUGAUGAUCUGCGUGGAUCUGAUCAUUCUCUGUUUAGAGCCUAGAAACAUUCCACAUAGAAGAGCUUUUCUUUAAGCAUAAUAAUAAAAAGUAACUCCUUUUAACCAUGAAACUACUCUGGCUCAUCUGCAGUUGCACUGCUGUUGAUGGAUAACUGCCAUUAUCAAUUCUAAUUCCUGAUUUAUAGCCGAGCAAGAUGUAAGUGCUAAAAUCCAGUUUUAAUCUAUUGCUCUGCAGGGGUUCUAUGCAGAAUGCUCCCACACAAAAUUUAUUCUUUCUGGAUGAAGAAAUUCAUGAGAUCUGCUAUAAAGCCAGCUCUGAUACUGCAUUUUCAUAACUUCAGCUGUCACAGCCCAGCAUGCCAUAAAUGAUGUUGCAUGAUGUAAAGACACAAGACUUUAUAUAAGUUCAGUUUAAUAUGUCAGAUUAGUUCCUCUGGUUUUGGAACAGUUUCAAGCUGAGAAAGUACCUCAUGGCAUCCAUCUGUAGGACUAAAACAUAAGGGAUUCUUGUCAGAACGUGGCCUCUUCUAAUUUUAGAGAAGCUCAUGGUAAAAAUCAAUGUAUGGUGAAAAUCAGAGGCUCUCAGAGGGGAUUCCCAGCACCACUAUUCUCAUAAAUAUUGCAGCAUUUACUCCGGUUUACACUGUAGCAGUUUUUUCCCAGGGGAUGGUUUUUACCUUGUGCUGAAGAUAGCUUCAUCUACAUUUAUAUUUUUAAGCCACAAAUAUUGUACCAGUUUUAAAUGAUGGAUUUUAUAGUGUCUGGGUCUUACACAGUGUUGUAAAUAGUGUGCUUGUUUGUCCUCAUGUUCUGGAUGGGGCAGGAUGACUUGUGAUUUUAAAGUAAGAGUAUGUGACAGAAAAACAGAGUAGCAGCAUCAUUUGACUUGUCUGGAAAAAAAGAGCAAUUUAGGAGUAAAGAACUUAAAAAUACAGUAAAAAUACAGACCAGUUGAGUUUUCAAUUUGAUUUUUAAGAAUAUUCAUGAAAAGAUAUUUUAUUACAGCAGAAAAACUUUAACACAUAACUAUUACUGAGGGGAGUGGGAUGGGCAUUGAGAGAAUAUGCACAGACAGCUCUUUUUUUCCUAACAGAAAGGUACCUAUAAAAGUGGUAUAUAUUUAUACCUUGUGCAUGAUUUCAUUUUUACACGGUGGAAUUAUUUCAAAAGGAGUUUCUUUAGACUGAUUUAAUUACUGCAAUCCAUAUUGGUCUCUGUGUGUUUAUACAUAUAUACAAAAUAUAAUUUUUAUGUGCUUUAAUUUUAUUUUAGCAGUAUAGAAAUGUAAGUAAGAUAAACUUUUUUUACAAGGAUUGGUCAAAUACUGUUGGUUAAGGGCUUGAUUGGAUGAGUGGUGAUCAGUGGCUCAGAGUUCCAAUGGACAUCAGUGACAAGUGGAGGCCCUCAGGGGUCCAUACUGGGACCAGUUAUUUAAUGUCUUCAUUAAUGACACAGAUACCAAGUGCAAGGGGCAGCACCCAGGUCUGGCAACUCCUUGUAUCAGCAAAGGCUGGGGAUGAACAGAUCAAGAGUGGCUGAGAAGGACCUGGGGAUGCUGCUGGGUGAGAGACUGGACAUGACCCAGAACCAGGCAUUUGCAGCCCAAAAACCAACAGUGUCCUGUGCUGCAUCCAAAGCACUGAGGGCAGCAGGGUGAGGAAGGGAGAGGAGGCCACCAAGAGGAAUAGGGGGAGCAUCCCUCCUAUGAGGAAAGGUUGUGAGAAUUGGGAUUGGUCAGCCUGGAGAAGGGAAAGCUUUGGUGUGACCUAAAUUUCAUUCUUCAGUACAUGAAGGGAGUCUGCAAGAAAGAUGGAGAGGAGCUUUUCACAAGGGCAUGUACAGGACAAGAGGGAAUGGCUGCAAACUGAGAGUAGUUUUGGAUUAGGUGCUAGGAGGAAGUUCUUUACUGUGAGGAUGCUGAGGCACUGGAAAAGACUGCCCAGAAAAGUUGUGGGUGCCUCAUCCCUAGGAAUGUUCAAGGCCAUGUUGGAUGGGGCUCUGAGCAACCUGGUGGAAGUGCAAGGAAUUGUCCUUGCCCAUGGCAGGGGGUUGGAAUUAGAUGAUCUUUUAGGCUCCUUGCAACCCAACCCAUUCUAUCAUCCUAUGUCCAACAGUCGUGGUGGAGGAAGGUUUACUGAAGCCAACUAACUGAAACAAAUUGGGUUAUUUCCCUGUGUGUCUUUAGAAAAGAGGAGCACAUAAUGGAAGCAUAAUUUAUGGAAAGGAUAGGAUCUCAAACUACCUUCCAGAGUGAAGGAAGCAGACAUUCCUGUCACCAAGGCUGUUGUAAUUUGAGACCAAAACAUUCUUUUACCAAUUUUUCCCUGAAAAAAAAAAAAAAAAAAAAAAUCAAAGUUUUCUUUAGAGGGAAGCAUUUUCCCUUCCUUCAUGCCAGCUCAGUUCCUGAGUUCUAUGGAUUACAGUUUAUUAUUUGAAUUGCCACUACUAAAUUUUUUUCCUGGAGGUAUUUCUCACAUAAAUAGUGGUGGCAAUAUUUUCAUAGAGCUCUCCCUCAAACAAGCAGGUAUGGGUCUUUAACAAAUGGGUACUGUUUGCUGGCUAAUGGGAAAGUUCCUUAGCAAAUUGAGUAUGUACUGACUUUAUUUCUGUGCUCAUGUGAGCACUGACAUGCCUUGAUGUUGGCUGCUUUGGAUCAACAGCACUAAGUUCAGGGUUGACAUCCUGGCCCAAUCAAAAGUAGUACCAGUAUGGUUGUUGUCCUCAGAAAAAUCAGGAUAUCAACUCAGGCACUUAUCUGAACUUUCUAAAUUACUGGAAUAUGCAGAGAUGGUUUCACAACAGUCAACUUUGGGUUUUCUAAUUUUAUCUCUCAAAUCAGAGAUGCAUUUGCAAGAAUUCCUCUCUCACGGUUAUUUUCAAGUGGGACAGUCUGUCAUUUUGUGAUUUAUGAAGUUGUUUCUCUGUACUGGAUAGGAAUUUUUUCCUCAAAAUAUCUGAUGUUUCUUGCCUUAAAUGUCACUCUUCCCACUCCUUGUUGGACUUGGGUCUUUCGUGUGUGUUACCAGGGAUUUCUGCACGGUGCUGUGUAUUCCCAGUGGCACAGGAACCACUGCAAGCUCUUCCAUCCUUGCUGGACCAUCUCCUGCAGCAGGCAGGGGACAGGUUCUGGGCUGGGAGGAUAGCAGGGAGCUGGGUGUUUUGGUGACAAUGCACAGGAGAGAGGAGGAAAGGGCAUGACCAGAUUUUGUAUCCUGAUUUUGGCAGCUGAGAGGGAACCCAGACAGUGCCAGGGGGAAAGAGCAGUCCUUGCUGCUGACUGGUACAUUCACCAGUAUUAUCCUAUUCAGGAAAUCCUUGCUGUUGACUCAGGUUCUCAGGGUCUGGGGCUUUGCUCUUGCCUGUGUCCACACAAGGACCCUGGCCUGCCUCACCUGCUGCUUUUUACCUCAAACCAAAGAGCUGAGCAUCCAAUUUACAGUUCACUUUGGACAAGCUGCUUAGGCACCAUUUGGAAAGCAGAGCAGAAGGUAAUUAAACAAGUUCUUAAAACCUUUGUCAUCAAAGCCAGCCAGGACAUUAGUGAUGGUUUGUGAGGGCUCUGCCUCUGUUUUAUCAGACCACCUGUGCUUUGUUUUUGUUUUGUGCCUUCUGGAUCUCUGCCAGCAGAGCCUUCCUGCCUUGCUCUCAGCUUCAUCUUACUACAUCUAUGCAAACAAAUCCUUCACCCUAAAGAUCCUUUCCCCAGCACUUUAAAAUUGUUAUUUCACUUAAUUUUCAGUAAUAUUGUGAAAUGUUUCUUCCUGUUAGCUCAGCAAUCUACUUUUUCAGUGACCAGGAGGGAAAACGUCACCUAUGAAUGAAAUAUUUUUACCUUUGUAAUCUGAGGAGAUAUUUUUCUACUGUGUAGACAUAAAGAAACAGCCUCUACUCCUGUCCCAUGUCUCCUUCUUCAAGUCCUAGAAAUAUGGAAACCUAUUCUAGUUAAUCUAUUCUAGUAUUUCUUA